GGGUCAGUGGUGAGUUUGUAGGAGUGUGCAUGGACUCGCGAUAACAAACCGUCUUAUCUCCAGAACGGUCAACAUGGCUACGCUCAAUUUUGUUCUAAGUGUUACCCUGCUGGCUGCAUUUGGGAUCCAAAUCGGACUGGCAGACUGUCCAGAUGAAUGGGUACAGUUUAGGGAUUCCUGCUAUUUCUUCGUCAAUAACGUCACAACAUGGCAUGAGUCUUCUAAAUAUUGUCAAAGUCAGAACUCGGAGUUGGUUGCUGUGGAAUCUCAAGCGGAAAAUGACUUUUUGCUGAGGUACAUACAACGCUUUAGAUGCUCCUUCAAUAAUCAAUUCUGGAUCGAUGGGACUGAUAUGAUCAUGGAGGGUGUAUGGGAAUGGGCCUCGACACUCGAGUCGCUUUCCUACUUCAACUGGGCCCCCAGCGAUCCGAAUGGUCAAUCCAACGAAGAUUGCAUAAUGGUCUCACAAGACAAUGGCAUGUGGUAUGAUGUCCCCUGCUACAUCAGGAAAUUCUUUAUCUGCGAACGAAAAAGUAGUCCUACUUCAUGUGGGACCGAGGGUGGUUCAGUCAUCGGAUGAACAGCAAUAUGUGUGUCUGGAUCUAUCAAGAUUUACCCUGUUGUAAUAAAGUUUUGAAUAAGAAAACUAC